AUGCUUCAAUAUACUCGGAAACAGCGCACCAUUCGUCCUGUUUUCUGCUCAUGGCAGACAGCAGGACGAAUGAAUUUCGAGAAGGAACUUGCUGGAGAGUACAAGGCUACAUUUUAUUCAGCCGAUGGUGAAAACUCAGCAACAUUUACAGUAGCUGCAGGAAAUGCACCUGACUUCUAUGACAAGCCACAUAUUGUUCAAAGAGACAACGGCAAUGUAAUUGUCAUCAAAGUUCGAGCGAAAUCGCACUUGGAGAUGAAAGCCGAGUGGUUCAAGGACGACAAACCGGUAAGGUUUUCGGACCGUGUCAAAAGCGUCACAAAAAAGGACGACAAGGACAAGGAAGGAUACCAGUUCUUACUGGAAAUUUAUGGACCACAAAAGGAAGACGAAGCUAAAUACAAGUGCGUAGUGAAGAAUGCAGAAGGGACGAAUCAGCAAUCUCUUAACUUAGUUUUUGAUUAG